UAAGUGGCUCAAGUCUCUCGUCUUUCUCUUUCUCUCUCUCUCUCUCUAAAAUGGAGUUCUUGGACGAAGAAAGCAGACCCAGAUUUCUCUUCCAAUCUCGGUCUCGCCCUCCUCCAAGUUCCGAACUACAAACCCUAGAUCUCCACAAGCCCUCUCUCUUCAUCUCCUUCUCUCUCUCUCUCCUCCUCUUCUUCCUGUCUCUCUUCUUCCUCCAAUCCGAGCCCCUCAAAUCCAUCCUCUUCUGGUUCGCCCUCUCUCUCCUCCUCGGCCCUCUCGCUCCCUCCUCCGUCACCGGCGGAGACAUUCGCGUCGGCCUCGGAAAACUCCUCGAUCCACCCCCUCCCCAAACAGACGACCCAGAUCGCGACGAUCCGAAGAAGAAAACCCCCAAUCGGCGAUCCAGAGCUCGUAAAAACGAAGAUUUAGGGUUCAUUCAAGCCCCUACAAUUGUUGAAGGUUCCGAAAAUGUGGAGAAUUCUCGACACUCGUCUCAAUAUGUGGGCAAUAAAUCGGUAAUUGAGGGAGGAGAGGAGGAGUGGAAUGAAGGAGAUGAUGAGUUGUUGAAGAAGUUGUUGGUGAAGCAUCCUGUGGGGAAGCCGAAGCGGUGGGAGGCGAUUGCGGAGGGUUUUCAGGGGAGGUAUGGGGUGGAGACUGUGAUCAAGAUGGCGAAGUCGAUGGGGGAGAGGAAAAUGAGUGAUGCUGAUUCGUAUGCUAGGUUUUUGAAGGCUCGGAAGCCGGUGGAUAAGAGGGUUGAGGCUGAAAUUGAAGGGGUCAUGGAGAGUGGUGAAGUGAAGACACAGACUGGUGGGGUGAAUUGGAGUGCUGGAGAGGACAUAGCUUUGUUGAAUGCCUUGAAGACGUUUCCGAAGGAGGUGACGAUGAGGUGGGAAAAGAUUGCGGCUGCUGUGCCCGGGAAAUCGAAGGCGGAGUGUAUGAAGAGGGUUGCUGGAUUGAAAAAGGACUUUCGGAGCUCAAAGGCUUCUGCUGAGGCUUGAUGAAAGGGGUGGCAUUGAGGAGGUAAUAUUGAUGUAUUAUUAAUGCCUGAUAAUGGAUUUGAGUCCAUUUAUAGAGUUGAUUUCGUACUAAAUGUAAACCUUAGUGAUUGGUUUAUAGUGUUCUUUACAAUUUGUAUGGAUGGAAUUAUAUGAGAAUUGUAUUCUUCUGUCCAUGAAGCUAUAUGACAUUUGUAUUCUUGGAUAGAGUUGAAUUGCAUAAUGGGUUUUAGUUGUUUAUCA